AAUGACCCUUUCUGGACGGCCGGGUCCCUCUCACGCUCUGACUACUUGGAAGCUGCCAACCAGUCAGUCUGCAAGCUGGCAGAUAUGCUAGAGGUGGUGAAGGAUAAUGCAUCGGUCAUCUUGAACUUCCAGGACCUGCCACUUGCUCAUCCUUACUACAGCACUUACAUCAAUGUCACUCUGGAAACCAUCCUGGCAUCAGGGAUUCGGCAGCAGGCUGUGAUGUGGCUGCCGGAUGCGGAGCGGCAGCUGGUCAGACGGAUUGCGCCAGGUUUCCAGCAGACUUCUGGCCUCAAGCUGGACACGCGGCGCAUGAAGGAGAAGGGAAUCGUGAAACUCAACCUGCGCUACACCAAGGUCACGAACGAGGACAUCAGGGACUAUGCCACAGCGAACCUGAGCGUGAAUCUCUACACUGUGAAUGAGCCCUGGCUGUUCUCCAUCCUGUGGUGCGCCGGCGUCCAGUCGGUCACCUCCGACAGCUCCCACGUCCUUCGCAAGGUGCCUUCUCCCAUCUGGCUCAUGCCUCCAGACGAGUACCGUCUAAUCUGGAUCACAUCUGAUCUCAUUUCAUUUAUCGUAAUUGUAGGAGUUUUUAUAUUCCAGAACUAUCACAUGAUCAGGUGGCGCCUAGGAAGCAUCAGGACGUACAACCCGGAGCAGAUCAUGCUCAGUGCUGCCGUGCGCCGGUCCAGCCGGGACGUCAAGAUCAUGAAGGAGAAGCUGAUCUUCUCAGAGAUCAACAACGGCGUGGAGAACACGGACGAGCUGUCGCUCUGCUCCGAGAACGGCUACUCCAACGACAUGGUCACCCCCACGGAUCACCGGGACACCAAGAUGCGGAUGAACUGAGGAGCCC